UCCAAGCUGUGGUGGGCGGGGAUUGGCGGGUGUCCUAGCAACGGAGAGAACCGCUCUGGGGCGGCUGCCUCCAAGGAGGGGAGCUAGUAGUAGUACAGAGCCUGGCAAGCCUUGUGGUCGUGAGCAGUCCAUCCUCCCUUCCCAUCACAACUGGGCAGUGCCGUCUUUGGGGCACAAAGUAAAAAGGGGAAGGAGAGACAGACACAGGAACAGCUCUGAUCACGAAUGAUGCUGGAGUCUAUUUGUGUCACUGAAAAACUCCAUUGGCCUCAGCAAGAGCUCUCCAAGAAAACAGUAUUGAGUCCUGAAGAGCACCAGUCGAUCCUUAAAAAUGAAAACAUCAGCACUCAGCACAUAUCCCGGCCUCGAAUUCUUAAGGACACAUUCACCACAGGGACUAGUAGCUAUAAUGUCAUCCUGCAGAGCAAAGAGGAGAAAAAACACCUUUUCCAGAAGCAUUCCUCAACUUGCCACAAAAGACUGCGGAAAUCCACAAAACCAAUUAGCGGUUCCCGAAGCAAUGAACGUCACAAGAUUAAGGCCCCUGUGCCUUUAUUCAGAAAUGGGUGGUGUUGCCUCAGUAAACAGCCUUCUCUUUUUAUCACCAGCCCAGUACCUAGCAGUGUUAAGUUAACGCACAGCAUUUCUGUGGCAGGAAGCAGCAUAGGAUUGCAGGCUCAAGUCAAAACCAAGGCAAAAAGGCAUUCCUUCACCAACCUGACGAAACCAAAACCACUGCAGAUGUCCAAAAGCUGUUUAAAAGAAGGAGACGCUGCUGGAAGGAAGUUCUGUGUUCUCACUGCCAUCAAGCCUUCCAAUGUGGAGAGGGAGAAGAUGAAGUUUUUCAACUCAGAUUUUAUCUAUAACCCCCAAUUUGAGUAUGCAAGUACUACUCUAUCAAAUGUGCUAGCAAAGUACAGUCAAGCAUCUAACAGAUUUCUGAAGCAGGCUAUCAAAAUUAUGGAACUGACUUUGGAAAAAUAUGGAAGCUAUGAAAAUUUUGAACAAGCCACUGGAGGAAGCCUGCUGCCCAGAAGCCGUAUCUGGAAUCAUGUCCGGAAAUAUAUGGUGAAAGAAGGUUGCCUUGGCGAGAUUGUAGUUCAUCUCUCUGAAGACUUGCUUUCUCGGGCCUCAAUGACAGUGGUGAAUGGCCGCCCGACUCUUACUAUCAAUGUUUCCACUGCACGAGAGCAUUGGUUGGAAGGAAUGCUGAGGCAUGAAAUAGGAACUCAUUAUCUGAGAGGCAUUAACAACAAUAGCCAGCUGUGGAGCAACUGGAAUGGGCGUAGAAAGCAUGGGUUAAAACCCAUUAACCCCACCGAGGAAGGCCUGGCGAGCCUCCACAGUGUUCUUUUUCGAAAGGAUCCCUUUUUAUGGAGGGCUGCUCUCCUGUAUUACACUGUCUAUCAAGCCAGUCAAAUGUCCUUCCGAGAGCUGUUUCAGGAUAUCGGUAAAUUUGUCACAGACCCCAAUACUAGGUGGGACUAUUGUGUUCGAGCCAAGAGGGGCUGGACUGACACUUCCCAACCCGGUUGCUUCAGUAAAGAUCAGGUCUACUUGGAUGGCAUCCUUCGGAUUCUGAGAUACCGACAUUCCAUUGAUUUCUACUUACUCACAGCUCUAGGCAAGGUUUCCUAUGAAGAUGUGGAUCGCCUGAGGACUGUAGGGAUGACAGAAAACAUGAGGGUGCCACACUUUCUGCACGACUACGGCCGGUACAUGGAACAUUUGGAAAAGAUCAUGGAAGUCAAUGAGCUCUCCGAUACUGAGCUUCAGGAUCUUGUGCCCUGAGCCAGCCACUCUUCCAUUCAUCUGCUCUCUGCUUAUUUUUUCUUCUUCGAACUCUGGGAUAUGUGCUCUAACUUAUUUUUAUGCCUCUCAAAAUUUACAUUAUUUAAAUCUGCUUCUUUUGUUUUGCUUUUAAGAAAGAAAAAAAUCUGGGUUACAGAUUCAGAAGUCACUUAUUUUCAGGUUUCUUAAAAGCUAAUUUGCACCCUUCUCUCAGGAUAUACGAGAUGUAUAUUUACUGUCUUAAAUUAUAGCUGGAACAAAGUCAUAUCUUUUAAGGAUUCCUUUGUGUAGAUUCUUCUACAUUAUCCUUUACAGAAUUGUUUCUGAAUUGAUUUAUUCAAGGCAUAUAACUUAGCUAUUUCCAUUUCAAUAUUUAAUGUUUUUAUUGCUUAAGUUUUCUCAUUUUUAAAUCCCAUUGCUUUGUUUGUUGAAUGCAUUACUCAGUAAUAUUCCAACACAGUUUUCAAAAGGUCAAAGAACUUCUAUAUAUUUGUUGUGUCAGCCAUCCUUAAUGCUGUGUUGUGUACCCUGCUUUCUUCCCUGGAGAAUAUAUUCAUAGAUGUGUAUUUCCUUCCCUUCUAUGGAGUUUGCUGUUCUUCACUUCUUGGUCCUUUUCAUGUGUUCAUAUUUUGGUUUAGGUACUUCACAUCAGAGCUGAUAUAUCACAGGGGGUAAUGUUAUUGAGAGAUCAGCAAGCUGUACAAUAUAAUCUUCUGAAGUACACCUUCUGAGACUCAAGGAAAUGUGUCCUUUUUAUCUAAGGGAACACCGAGUGCAUACUAGAAAGUUCAGGGAAGUUUAGAUCCUUUUCUUUGCAACCAUAGCCAUGGAUGUUGGAAAAGUCUGGUUGGAUCAGAAUCUGUUGAUUGUGUGUCCCUAUAAGGUUGUAAUAUUCACAAUAACAAAAGUUCUACUGACAGUGUCAGUGGGAUGCUUUCCCCAUUUUUAUUUCAUUAAGGAGGGGAGUGAUAUGUGAAACAAUAGCCAGCGAAAAAUGCUUUCAGACAGCGUUCAUUAUAUUCUUUGAGAUAGUGUCAUAAAAACAUUUCCCUGUGUUGCAUAAUAAUUUCAGUAAAAUGCCCUUUCUUUUCUGCUUGCAUUUUUUUAAAAUUAUGUAAGAAGGUUCCAAGAGAAGAAGAUGAGAAUUAGAAUCAAAUUUCAGGACAAGAAUUUUUUAAGUCUCGGGUCCUUAUACAUUUGUUCCGUAGAAGCCCCGCUUUGUUCUAUUACCAUAUUUACUUGUGUCUAAUGCUCAACCCUUUUUGACUAAAUUACAUCAUCAAAUUGAAAAGCAUAUUAAGAUUCAGUGACAUGUUAGACUGAUGCAUAUAACAUGCAUGAAAAGGCCCAGAAGGACCCGGAGACCAGACAGAGAGGCGGGGAGCAAAGAGGCUGUUCCCGGUGGUGGCCUCAGGGCUCCAUGGUGCUCAGAGAAGGAGGAGGAACACCUAGCUGGUUACCUACUUGUUCCUACCACGUAGCUACGGAGGAGCCAUGCACAAGAAGCAUUGCCCUUCUCCCACUGGGAUGUCUUGCCCAUUCAUCCCCAAGGCUCAACACUGUGCUGUUCCCAACUAGUCUCAUUCACUGAGUCUUCAAAACUGAGGAGGAGGGUUUGAAGGUCUCGUGGGAACAGGGCAAGGGUGAGGAGUUUACUAUCCUCAGCCUGACAGAUGAGCUGCUUCCCAAGUGGACUCAUUUAUGCUGCCUACCUCCCUGAUGCACUUUGCCUUCACCAUUAGGCACAUUACAUUUGAUGGCAAAUCCAUUUUUUGUAAUGUACACCAUCAAAAUUGGGGUGCACAUUUCAUUCCAUGGUGCAUAUACUCGAGUAAAUAAUGGGUAUAUACAUUCUUUAUUAACCAAUGUAAGUUAUGCAUGGUUAUGCCAUGAAAUGAAUGUAUAUUUAUUUUUCUCAAUAGAGAUGUAUCUUCCUUUGUAGUGAACCUAACUUAUUUGCUAAUCAGUUUUUCAUCUGGAAGUAGGUGACUGGUUUCAUUGCUAAUGGAUGUUCCUUUCUCAACCAGUAUCUCACAAGUCUAGGUCACUAGUCUAGGUAUCCCUGAACCACUUACCAAUAUCUCACUUGUCUAGGUAUUUCUGAACCAUUUUGUGUAUUUUUCAUUUUUUUUUCACAUGCCAGCACUUCGUUGUUUUGAUCUGGGCAUCUUCCUUUCUUGACCCAUGAGACCAGUCGGGAAUAUGAGCUGUUCCUGGAGAAAGACAUGCAUGUCACCACCAUUCAGGAAGGUCCCACAGCAACUAAAGGGUUCAUGCCUUGUCAGAAGCAUGUUUUCCUUUCUAUUAGGAUUUUGGUGUUAUAUAGUCACUACAAGGCAGAACCAACUUCUCUUCAACAUUUUCAGAUUGCUCAAAUAGCAAUUUCAACAAUGUUGAAUAACUUAUUUUUUUAAAAGCUGCAAUUUUAAUUAUACACAGAGUCCCAUGAGAGUUUUAGAAGUGAAUUUACGGCUCCCUCUACCAUACUGUUUAUCUAGUGUGGUUUUUUUGUUUUUUUAAAAAAUGUGUUUAUUAAUCCAUUUAAGUACAACUUCAGUGAAUUAAAGUAUAACUUAAACAUACCCAUCAAAAUGCAUUCAGGCACAGUGAAGAUAAUUCCAGUUUGGAAGUUAAAAGUAGAUUUCUGGUGUCUAUAAGCUUGUAAUAAAAAAUACUUAACUAGAAGAUACUGAAAGUUUUGAAUAAUCUACAAAACUAAAAGCUUAAAAAUGGCAUUUUGUCAAUGGAGUGACGGAUUGAAAAUAGCAUUCCACAGAAUACCUAACAAAACUUGGACCAACACAAUAGCCUUAAUUUUCUAUUAUUAAUUAACACUGUUUAUUUGCGGGAAAUUGUGGGAUGCGCUCCUGAAUGCACUAAAUGUCUGAAUUUUAAAAUGUCUCAAUCAACUCCUGAAUUCUCCGUUUUCAACAUAGACAUUUUUUUAAAUUUAUCACUUCUGAUUUUGCAUGUUUCGAUCCACUUCCACUAAUUUGCAUGAACACUUUGUCAAUGUGCUGUAAACAAUAUACACCAACAGCCUAAGCUGUAUGAUGAAGAAAACUAAAGCAGCAUUCUACAUAUCUCUGGUUCAAUAUUUAAUACUGUUUAGUAGGCAAUAGAUUGGAUUGUGGCGCUCAGAGUUGGAGUAUCUCUGUGAUAUAAGGAAAAAUAAUAAUUUUCUCAGGUCUUACAGUAGCACAAACUACUGCUUAGCGCCUCCCUCUACUCUGUUUUCUCUCCCUUCUCUAAUCUGCUGCUUCAGUCCUUUCAGAUUGUACUGCCAGAAACUGAUAGGUCAAGAGGAGAUUGGCAAAGGUCUUUAUCCAUAAUCACACAGAAAAAUAGUGUUGUAACCUUGGGUGGCUCAAGCACUACAGAACCUGAAUCAUACCUUUCCACAUCUCUUAGGUAAAAUAAUCAUUCAUUCUUAGGAUACUACACUUGGGAACAAUGGAUUUGUAUCAAGAGAGCCUUAAGACCAGGGCUGAGAAUCACACAGCCUUACAAAUGUCUUUGUGUUUUGUUUUGUUUUUUGCUCCUGGCAUUCCUCACUGUUGGCUUUUCAUACUAGUGAUUGGAGUAACCUUCAUACCAAAACGAGAAGGCCCAAAGAUUCCCAACCCUGAUUAUGAUUAAUGUGUAAAAGUAUGUACAUUUUAUCCAAAGGCCAUGCAUUGGUAACUAAAAUAAUCUGCCUUUGUUUAUUUACUUUAUAUUUUCAUUACUUCAUUUUUCUCAAAGUAUCUCCAUUCGUCUUAAUGACUGAUUUGUCUUGACUUGAUUUUUUAAACUUUGUGAAUAUCAUCAAAUCAUAAUUAUCUGUGUAUUUUGGUCAGUUAAAUGGUUCCUUCGUAUUACUCCGUACCUAUCAAAUUCUUAGUUCCAAAAAGCCAUGUAUCUAUUUUUAUACAUCCUCGUGUUGCGCGUCAACUGCAGUUGCUUUUUCACAGUGUGAUACUAAAGUCUUUUUACUGUACUUGUGGCCGUGUGCUGCUCUUUGUGAUCAGACUAGAGGUUGCAAAUAAUAAUUGUGAUACAGUAUUGUUUAAAUCCAACCUUCCUUGUUUUGCUUCGUUGAUGUAAACCCAAUAGUUGUCUUAAAGAUCUCAACUUUAAAUUAUGUACUAUUUACAUUUGUAGUAGUCACAUCGUUAUUUGAACAAAUGAGUACAGUUCAGUACAAAUUGAGAUUUUGAUUGUUAAUAUAGUAUAUGUCAUUUAGCCAGCUAUUUGUUAGUACCAACUUUAUUCUAUUUUUACAUAAAUGUUGUAGAUAGGUAAUUUGUACACUGUUUUGGGUAUAUAUAUAUAUAUACUGUAUAUGGUGAUAAACAUGUUAUAAGGUUGAAAGGUAGUACACCAUUUGUAUAGGUCUGCCCAGAAAGUCUUGUGAUGGUUAUAUAUGACUAAUAAGGAAUCUUGAGUAUUUUAUAGAGCUGUAGUCACUUUCAGUGAAAGAGUGAUUGAGUAACAAGAUCCUGCCAGUCUGAAAAACAUUCAGCCCAGGACUCCACAAUUAACCAGAGCUCUCACAAGUUACUUUUUAUACUAGAUGUCCUUAUCUCCUGCUCUGCUCACUGCAUGGCACAUGGAAACUAACUUUUCUAAACUCUUAACAGAAACUUUCUAAGAUGUCCCAUCCUCAUCCUGAUGUUCCAGAGCAAUUGUACCUCUGGCUAUUUCAAUAUUUCUGUCCAUUAAUUGGCAAUUGUAAUAAACACUUCAAUGAA